AAUCACAAAUCACAAUUAUUCACAUUAGUCUCAAAUUGCAAUCAAAUGACAACGUUGAACAUAACUGCAUAAUAAUUUAUAUUAUAUAUUUAUAUAUUAUACUCUAGGACUUUUUUUUUAUACAGUUAUCACUUAUCCAGUAUCCUAUCUACCUUGCCAAAUACUAUAAACAAGUACGUGAACGUGACUAUAAGCAUAAUAUUGUUCUAUCUCCUAUGCUAAUACUGCAAUAAAUACUGGUUUACUAGUGUAAAGAUUUUACAAUUUAGUCAUGAGCCAAGCUGUCCAAGCUAAACAAGCUGAUCGUUUGAAGAAACUAAGAGACCUUCACAUCAAAAGAAAUGAAGCAAGAGUAAAUAACCAUCAAGAAGUUGUUGAAGAAGACAAACAAAUGAAAUUGCCAUCAAACUGGGAAGCAAGACAGAGAAAAGCAGAAUGGCUUUUAAAUGAUGAUAAACUAAGGCAAGAGGCUAAAGAAAAAGGACAAGAUUACAACCGUUUAAAACUUUUAAAUAUGACCGCAAUGGAAGCAGAUGCUAUUGACAGAAAGAAAAAACGUCAAAAUCCCGAUCCUGGUUUCUCGGAUUAUGAAGAAGCUACUGCUCGUCAGUACAACAGAAUGAUAUCCAACAUGAAGGUAGACAUGAAUGCUUAUCAAAGACAAAAAGAUAAACUAGGAAAAGCAUUCUAUGCAGAGGCUAAUACUUAUUUGCAUGAUAAAGUCAAAGAUUCAAAAGAAGGAAUUGACAGGAUGGUUGAUGAUUUAGAAAAACAGAUUGCAAAACGUAACAAAUUUAGUAGGAGAAGAACACAUAAUGACGAAGCUGACAUUGAUUAUAUCAAUGAAAGAAACAUGAAAUUCAAUGCAAAAUUGGAACGAUACUAUGGUGAACAUACUACACAAAUCAAACAAAAUUUGGAAAGAGGAACUGCUAUUUAAAUUUAAGACAAUAACCAUAUAAUUAUAUAAUAUAUAUUAAACAUACGUUUUUUUUAUUAUAUAUUUUUAAAUAAAAGUAUAAGUAAUUCAACAAAUUAUUGCAUCAACCCAUGUUCCAAGUCUUAGUGUACAAAAAAAAAUAUAAUAAUGCAUUGGUCAAAGUUUAACAGUUGAAUAUGAUUGUUUCUUCUAAAUGCCAAUUGUCCUUUGUGAAAAUAAAUAUAAUAUUUAUAGUGUAUGUAAAACAAUAAUUGUAAUAAAACACUUAAAUUUA